AUGGCGAACGACUCCCCACGAGACAUCCCCUGGGUUUCCAGCCCGGACCCAACUGCGAGCGAGGGGAAUUCGUCAGUCCAGGUCAACUUUGAUUCACUCAGCCAAAGGGGAAGAAGUGUAGACCGGCGUUCCCCCUCAUCGUCAAUCCGUCCUUCGCCCUCGCGAGGCGUCCCCGAACACUCAUUGGCACGACAAGCCACGGCCAACUCGCUGACCACAUUCCUUGCCUCGCAACCGUCAUCUCAGCUAUCACAGGGCGACCAGCCUCCGCCAUCUCCAGAAGACGUGCUCAGAGACCUCAUCGAUAUCCCCGAGUCGACUGGCGAUGUGAUCAGGAGUUACCUACACGGCGUCAAACGACCACACAACGACGACGAUGACGACAACAUGGCGGAAGAACCCCAUCCAAAACGGGACAAACUCGGUGAGGAACUGGAGAGCAUGUCGGGGCCGAACUACUCGCUCUCUUCCAUUGUGGUAUCAUCUGGCUCGUCGCCGUUUUCCUUGUUGGCUGCUUCAACUCCGACCGUUCCAACCAGGACCGUUCCAACCAGCGAGGGGAGCCCUUCCACACCUCCGACGAGGACCACGCUGCCAUUGAGACCGCCUCGACGACGGCCACUUCACUUAGCCAACAGGACGGAUGUACUGCAGGGUGGGGUGUCAAUGGGGUUCGGUCCAUCUCAUUCCGGACAGGAUGAAGCUGAGGAUGGGGACGACCAAGAAGGCGGAGAGGGAAACCGGUAG